AUGGCCGACAACAGCUCCCCGGACUACAAAAGUCUCUUUCUGCAGGCAGAAGAGGGGCGAAAGCAGGCCGAAGAGAGGCGAAAGCAGGCCGAAGACGAAGGGAGGUUGCUUAGAGAGCGCAGUAGACGAACAACCUUUGCGGAAUUCAUACACACAUGCCACAACCUACUCUCCCGACCGUUGAGAGUCGAAUCACCAUCUCGCUCGACUACAGGGACAAUACCCCUUCCAAAAGGGAAGUUCUGCCCGACACGACUGCGACCAUGGACAGAGUGUCACGCCCAACAGCAGACCGUUUAUAACUCUGUGUGGAAUUAUUUACAAUCAACGGACGAAACUGACGCACAGCUGUUCAGUCCCCAAGUAGCACUUGAAGAUCUUGCUAGGCGGUUCGCCCGUCGGCCUAUCAGCAGUGAGCAAGGCCUCGAGACUUACGAGCGAAUCGCUGUGGAAGAUCAUGUUCGUGAUAUCGUUGACGAGCUGUGUAAGAUCCCCGCAGCUCGAGAAGAGUUCAUGCUUGGUGAUGGAAUCUGGUUUGAAAAUCAUACCAACGCGCUAGAAGAAAACCAAGCUGAAGCCGCAAUUUCACGUCGCCCACGACCCGAUCAAUUUUGUAUCCACCGAGUCGAUGGCAGUACCAACACACUCCUCCUUACAGUCGAAUAUAAGCCGCCUCACAAGCUAAAACUACAAUACAAUGCAGAGGUUCUAGCGAACUCAGCAGUGGUCCAGUCUUAUGACGUGAUGAUCCAAGAAGGGCGCGCAUAUUCCAUUUUGACGAACGGUCUAGCCCGAGUCCUUCUUUAUGUGCCGCACGAUGACCCGACGACACUAUACUAUCGUCUCUGUGAACCAAAUACGGAAAUUGACGAGUUUGGGCAACACUUGCGACAACCGCAAACAUCUAUCGCAAGGGAGUUAUGCCUCUGUCUAAUGAGCUUCCUUUCCCCAACUCGAGACCAGGCAUGGCGGAACUUUUGGCGGUCGAAACUUCAUAUCUGGGAGACCAGCUUCGACCACUCUCAUUCUUUGAUACCUAAAGCAGAGUUACGGCAAACCCCGCCUCAGUCUCGCAACCACAAUCUUGAGUAUACAACCCCGGAGUCCAGCUCGGACUAUCAACCGUCAUCGUCUUCUAUCGAAUCUCCGACGGCAGAAGGCCGUCGAGUACGCACAAGGUCGCAAGCCGGAUGUACACCUUCCAGCGACCAACGACGCUCGCAGUCUCCAGAUUCCUCCGGCUCCGACUCGAACAAAGCGACGGGACGCAAACGGGGAUUCAGUCAAGUGACAUCUUCGCCGUCUGCUCAACGAGCGGCUCGUCAACGAGAGACUAGGUUCACCCAAGGCAACCGGCCCCAAAGGCGCGAUGUGCAAUUUUGCACCCAGCGAUGUUUACUCGGGCUGCAGACUGGGGGCAUCCUAGACGAUAGUUGCCCAAACGUGGAAAUCCAUCGACAGGUGCACGCCUUUUGGAAGCUGUGGGCAUACGGUGCGCCAUUUAAAAUUACGUCUACUACCCAUGGAUAUACUGUGGUCGGUAAAGGAACUACAUCGGAGCUGUGGAAAGAAGUCUCUCGCGAAGCGCAGGUAUGUCAGGUUCUAGGGAAGGCUCAAGGGUCCGCCGUGCCUGUAUUCCUGGGUACCAUCGACUUGGCACAAAUUUACUUUCUUCACGGGGCUGGCCAGAUUCGCCACAUGCUCAUUAUGGGCUGGGGAGGCGAAAGCACAGCAACGAUGGAGUUGACCCCGUCUCUUCUCCAGGAGAUUCGCAGAUCCGACAAGGAAAUCGAAGGCUUGGGAGUAAUCCAUGGAGAUCUUCGCCGUGAAAACGUCCUUUGGAACGAAGAGCUCGGGCGGGCGUUGAUCAUCGACUUCCAUCGCUCCACGUUGAAACGUCUGCUCAUCUCAAAGCGACCACGAGCAGCAAAGAGAGAACUACGUGGAAUAGAAUCAAGAGACGGAAAGCGUCUACGCGUGGGAUAA